AUGGUAGUACCUAAGAUAAUAUACCGCUUUCUUUAUUGUGUCUAUCAUCACAGUGACAUCUCUUCAUUGAUUCGUUAUCUAUUCGACCUCGGCUUCAUCAGAUUAUUCCUGAUAAGUUCACCUCUCAAAAACUUCAUAACAUGCGACCUUCGUAUGGAGGACAACCGAGAAUUACUGGGCUUUUCGUCACCUGGAAUAAGCCUUCUGACAAGAGACGCUUGUAAAAUUGCUUUUGUCAAGAAUCUGACGCCUGUUAUAGUAGAAGCUCAAAAGUUGGUUUCGGGUGUCAAUAACAAUACUUCUGCCUACUCGCCUGUCCAACAACGUGUCGCAAAGUAUGCACAACAUUGUAUAUAUUCCACAAAAAAAAUAUCCAAGAAACAGCGCAUUGGACAAGGUUCUAUUUCAGUUACACCUAUACAAAUCACUAAGAGUAAAUAUUUCAGCUUUGUAGAAGAAGUUCUUGGACAAAAACAAAUGCAAAAUGAUAUGGACAGCGUGUUAAGACGAAGGUGUGGAAAAAGUCAAUUUGUUGGGUAG